CCCUAACCUGGUAUCUCUUACACACACACAUUCACAUACACUGGGAAACACAUUCAUUGUGCUGCUGAGGACUUCAUUGCUGUAAACAUGUCUUUAAAUCACUUUGUCGAUGCUGCAGUUGACAAAGCAGCUUUGGCUGCCAAAAAGAAGGCGAAAUCCUUAUUUGUAGGCGGUGGAGGAGCAGACUCAAAAACACCAAGCAAGUCAGGAGGGAUUGGAGGCCUUUUUCCCUCUGCCGGGGACUCGGGUAACGGCGGCAAAGAUAAAAAAGGAGGACUGUUUGGAGGUCUGCUUUCAACAUCCCAGGGCGAGAACCCUGGAGCAGGUGCAGGAGGUGCAGCGGCCGCAGGAGGGGCAGGAGGUGCAGGAGUUUCAGUACAAGCUGCCGGAGGUGGAACAGAAAACCAGGAUUUCAACUCGGCAAUCGACGAGCUUUCGUUUUAAGACGAAAGAGCCAGAUGUUUCUAAAAAUAUCACCAAAAUAAUACUGCAGUUGUUGAAUUUCUGCUGAGCGGAGCUGGAUAGAACGAAGACAACCGGAAAGGCUUGAAAAGCUGUUGUGCGUAUGAAAUGGCAAAUUAAGAUGCUACAAUUCAGCCAAUUCAUAUCCAUCAACAAAUGUCAACCAGUAAUAGUAGAUACAGUAUAAUUGUUUGGUGUAAUUCUAUAAAUAACAUUUUUAUACUAAAUAAUUUAUAAAUAUUUUGACAUUGAAACAGUCACGUGUGCACUAUUACAAAAACUCUAUCAAAUUAUCGGGUAUUUUAACGUAAGCUGUUUUUUUCCCUCUUUUGGCCUUUGAUGCAAAACCCCACUCAGAGCUUAGCUGUUUAUAAGCUAACAUUCUGAAAGCUCUUCUGUUUGAAUAAGGAGCAUCCAAUUUAUUUGCAUGGAUAACUAUAUAUUGUAAUGAAAAUAAAAUUAUUUGAAUAAAAAAAAACUUGGUUGUAGAUGUCUGUUUAACCCAAAGUCC